AUGGUUCAAUCAUCUGUUCUGGGUUUCCCCCGCAUGGGUAAGCUCCGUGACCUCAAGAAGGCCACUGAAGCUUACUGGGGUGGAAAGAUCUCCCGUGAUGAGCUCCUCGCUGAGGGCAAGCGUCUCCGUCUGGAGCACUGGAAGAUCCAGCAGGAUGCCGGUGUCGAUGUUAUUCCUAGCAACGACUUCGCUUUCUACGAUCAGGUCCUUGACCACCACCAGCUCUUCGGUACCAUCCCCGAGCGUUACUCCAAGUACAACCUCCACGCUCUCGAUGAGUACUUCGCCAUGGGCCGUGGUCUCCAGAAGGAGGGUGUCGAUGUUCCCGCUCUCGAGAUGGUGAAGUGGUUCGACUCUAACUACCACUACGUCAAGCCUACUCUCCAGGACAACCAGCAGUACAAGCUCGCUGCUGAGCCCAAGCCCGUUGCUGAGUUCCUUGAGGCCAAGGCUGCUGGCAUCACCACCCGUCCCGUCAUCCUGGGUCCCGUCUCUUUCCUGACCCUCGCCAAGGCCGACCGUGGCCAGAGCGUCGACCCCAUCUCCCAGCUCGACCAGCUCCUUCCCCUCUACGUUGAGCUUCUGUCCCAGCUCAAGGCCGCCGGUGCCGAGGAUGUUCAGAUUGAUGAGCCCGUCCUCGUCUUCGACCUUGCUGAGAAGAACAAGGCUGCCUUCAAGCCCGCUUACGAGAAGCUCGGCAGCCUCGGUGCCAAGGCUCCCCGCAUCACCCUUGCCACCUACUUCGGUGACAUCGUCCACAACAUUGAUGUCCUCGCCAACCUCCAGAACCUUCACUCCAUCCACGUCGACCUGGUCCGCAACCCCGAGCAGCUCGACACUGUCGUCGCCGCUCUCGGCCCCAAGCAGGUCCUCUCCGCUGGUGUCGUUGACGGCCGUAACAUCUGGAAGACCAACUUCAAGGCCGCCAUCGAGAAGGUCGAGAACGCCAUCCAGAAGCUCGGCAAGGAGCGUGUCAUUGUUGCCACCUCCAGCUCCCUCCUUCACGUCCCCCACACCCUCGCCAGCGAGAAGACCCUCGAUGCUGAGGUCCGUGACUGGUUCUCCUUCGCUGUUGAGAAGGCCACUGAGGUCACUGUGAUCGCCAAGGCUGUCACCGAGGGCCCCGCCGCCGUCAAGGAGCAGCUCGAGGCCAACGCCAAGUCUGUCCAGGCUCGUGCUUCAUCUGCCCGCACCAACGACCCCGCCGUCAAGGCCCGCCAGGCCGCCGUCACUGAUGACAUGCACAACCGUCGCUCUGAGUUCCCCCAGCGUCUCGCUGAGCAGACCAAGACCCUCAAGCUCCCUCUCUUCCCCACCACCACCAUUGGUUCCUUCCCCCAGACCAAGGAGAUCCGUAUCCAGCGUAACAAGUUCACCAAGGGCGAGAUCACCCCCGAGGAGUACGAGAAGUUCAUUGAGAGCGAGAUCCGUGAUGUCAUCAAGAUCCAGGAGGAGCUUGACCUCGAUGUCUUCGUCCACGGAGAGCCCGAGCGUAACGACAUGGUGCAGUACUUCGGUGAGCGCCUCACUGGUUACGUCUUCACCACCCACGCCUGGGUUCAGUCUUACGGCUCCCGUUGCGUGCGUCCCCCUAUCAUUGUCGGUGACAUCUCCCGUCCCGCUGCCAUGACCGUCAAGGAGUCCAAGUACGCUGCCUCCGUGUCUCCCAAGCCCAUGAAGGGCAUGCUCACUGGUCCCAUCACCUGUCUUCGCUGGUCUUUCCCCCGUGACGAUGUCCACCAGUCCAUCCAGGCUCAGCAGCUCGCCCUCGCCAUCCGUGACGAGGUUGUUGACCUCGAGGCCGCCGGCAUCCAGGUCAUCCAGGUCGAUGAGCCUGCUCUCCGUGAGGGUCUUCCCCUCCGCUCUGGCUCCGAGCGCGUCGCCUACCUGAAGUGGGCCGUCGACUCCUUCAAGCUGUCCACCGCCGGUGUCACCGACGGCACUCAGAUCCACUCUCACUUCUGCUACUCGGAGUUCCAGGACUUCUUCCACGCCAUUGCCGCUCUCGAUGCCGAUGUUCUCUCCAUUGAGAACUCCAAGUCCGAUGCCAAGCUGCUUCGCGUCUUUGUUGACGAGAAGUACCCCCGUCACAUCGGCCCUGGUGUCUACGACAUCCACUCUCCCCGUGUCCCCACCGAGGAUGAGAUCAAGGUCCGCAUCGAGGAGAUGCUCCAGUACCUCACUCCUGAGCAGCUGAACAUCAACCCCGACUGUGGUCUUAAGACCCGUGGCUGGCCCGAGACCAAGGCCGCCCUGACCAACAUGGUCAACGCUGCCAAGUUCUUCCGCCAGAAGUACGCGCAGUAA